AAAAAAUGUCGGAAAAUGAAAUGAUGAAAUGUGAAAUAAAAGCGGAAAUAAAACUGGAAGCCCCAGAAGACGAAACUGAUGAAUAUUCUAGGCCGACGAUGGAUUUAAUGUUUAUUAAACAAGAAGAUGUAAAUUUCAAUAUAGACCCAGACUUGAAAUUUGACCCUCACAUGAAAAUGAACCCUCAUCUGAAAAUGGACGCUGAUCUAAAAAUGGACCCCAACCUGAUAAAAGAGGAAACGAUAGUUUAUCCUAUUUAUCAUAAAUCAGAGAUUGAGGACGCCUAUACAGUCUUUAUAAAGGAGGAGGAGAAAGAAGAGAACGAAAUUAAAGGUAGUAUUCAGGAUCCUCUGAAAUCAAAACUGAUUCAUCAUUGUGAUCAUUGUCCAUAUGUUGCUGCCAGAUCAGGAACUUUAAAGAGACACACGGACAGCAAGCAUAAAGGGAUUAGGUAUCCCUGUGAUCAAUGUGAGUAUACCGCCUCUCAAACAGGACUUCUGAAAAUACACAUAGCAUCAAAACAUGCAGGGAUACGAUAUAAUUGUGAUCGAUGCGAAUAUUCAGCAACGCGGCGGGGGGAUUUGAAGAAACAUUGUGAAACCAAGCAUGAUGGAAUACGGUAUCCUUGUGACACCUGUAACUAUAUUGCGACUCAGCCUAAAUAUCUAAAAAGACAUAAGGAGAUAAAACAUGAAGGAAUAAGAUAUCCCUGUUACCAAUGUGAAUACGCCGCAACUCAGAUGGGAGACUUGAAGAAGCACAUAGAGGUUAAACACGAGGGAAUUCGUUACAAUUGUGAUUUAUGUGAAUACUCUGCAACGCGUCCAGGACAAGUUAGAAAACACAAAGAGAGCCAACAUAAAUUAACUUAUAAUUCAUUUCAUUUUCCUCCUUUAGAAAUUACACAACUUAUUUAUUCAACACCGGAAGCCAGUAUCAUCAAUGAAAACAUGUAAAAUUUGUAUAAUUAUUAGUUUGAUCUCUAAUGUCCAUGGUCAGUGAUUUAAAUUUUCCUAAUUCCCCCCCACCACUUCUUCUAAAUUUCCAAUUAUAGAGCUAAAGUAUAUUUAUUUUGUGAAAUUUUAUUUAAUUCUCGUGAUAUUUGUUUUUACAAUUUUAGAAUUUAAAUGUUUAAGUUAAAUCUCGAAAACCUCCCAUAUACGGACUGGAUCCACAGUUUUAUUUUUUUUAAUUAUAAAAAUGUGGAGUGUGAUAGUUGUCAUAUUAUUUCUUGUCUUCCAAACCAGUAACCAGUAAUAUUAAAGAUUAUUGAUACAUCUGUCUGUAAUGCAAUAGCCCCCCAGCUCCUAGAGAUUGUAAAAUCAAAAAAUCUUCCACAAAAUGGAGAAUCGAAUAUUUUAAUGUAAAAAGGCUCGAAUUUUUAUUUUAUUCUUAACAUACUCAACAAACCUUAUUUCAGAUAUCACAAUAAUUAUUAAUACCCCCCCCCCCCCCC